AUCCUUCGCUCAGCCUUUAUCGAUCUGUGUGGACAACAGGUACGUUUCAUACACCAUGUACUGCUCUGUCAGCAUUAUAUCUUUAUCAUAGGUUGGUUUUGUUUUGUUUUUUGCUAAAUUCUAAAAAGGUGGCAAAUUGUAGCUAACAUAGCUGAGCUGAAACUAUAGCAGGUUUCUAGAAUUAUUUCUCGUUAACUUGCCAAAAUGCUACCAUUCAUCUGUAGGAUCUUAUUUAUUUUAAAUGGUAAAUAAGUAUGUAUUAAUAAAUGUACAUAAUGUCAAUCAACAAACCAACUGUCUGGUGAAAACAUUCCGAUAGCAAUCUCUGUGACUCCCUACAUUAUUGCUGAAUGGUUAUUACCAUUUGUAUUUAAUUAGAGGUAUCAGAGUUUAAAAAACAAACAAAAAAAAAACAUGUUGUAAGAGAGGAUAACAAUCUCUAUGAUUCCCUAAGACUAAAGGGACAAUCUAAGCAACAGAAGAGCUUUAUCUUAAAGGAACAUUACAGGCACCAUAACCACUAUAACUCACUGCCCCCCUUUUAUAAUCAUAAGGAGUUAAAUUGUUUUUGAAUGCCAGGUACCACUCACUCUUCCAAUACAAUCUGCCUGAAGUUUCUCAACAGAAACCUACAUUAGCUUUCCAGAGAUAAGACUUGCUGUGCAGGGUUCUCAGGAGAGGAUGGCAGGAUUCAAAAACAGUUUGACUCCUGAAAAUGGGAAGAAAUUAGUGGAAUGCUGGAAUCAUAAACCCUACAAUAAGAUGUAGUGGUUAUGUUGCCUGGAUGUUCAGUUAAUGAAGCAGCUUUGAUGCAAAGAUCAUGCCCUUGAGGGAGGAGUUAAAUAAUUUUUGCUUCUAUUUAUGUAGCCCAACCAACCAGUGGCUGUGACUCCAGGAAAAAAAAAUGUUUUUUUUUAGUUUCAAUCAGAUCUUACAGCACAGUAGGAGUGAAAAUGAAUUUAAAAUUUUAGGCCAUAGUAGCCGAACUGAAAGUAUAGCUGACUAAGAGUUCUAUGAGUAUUGCCUCAUUAUUUUAACAUGUGUUAUUGAGCUAGACUAUAAGUCAAAAUGCCAAAAGUAUGCAACCUUUGACAUAGCAGUAAUUCAAAACAAAUGUCUCAGUUAUGUUCUUGAUGUUUUAUUGCAAAUUCAUCCUGGUGAAUUGUUAUUGUUUAUUUUAUGGUGAUGAGAGACACUUUGCAAAAGAUUUGCAAUGCCAAACUUAUUGUAAACUAAAAAUAUUUUAACCCCAUAAGGACCAAUUGCUAUUAAUACAUCCAAGACAAUCUACUCGAAAGGUGCACUUUAGGUACUAUAACCACUACACAGUGUCAGAGUUGCCACCGGUGCGGCUAGUGUAACUGCACCGGAGCCCGCUAGCUCAGGGAGACCAUAGGGUGGCCACUGCACUUAGGGCCACCUGAUGGGUAUUAUUUUUUAUUCCUAAACAAGAGCACGGUGGGAUGCAGAGGCCCUUUAAGAGCCUGAUGGUUCCUGUGCAGUAUCUGCCAGCUGGGAAUAAGUGAUAAACAGCCUGUCACUUCCUCCCAGCUUCUCACACAGAAACCACAGGAGGGAGAGAGGAGGAGGAGAUAGCAUGGGGUGAGAGGAGCAACAAGAGAGUUGCUCCACAAGUUCCACCCACUACCAUCAGGCAGCAGGACCACAAGCAACCACCCUCCUGGAUAUAAAAGGUACGCUAACAGGAGGGUGGCUGCAAAUAUUACAGUUAUAACAUGUAUGUGUGGCAGAUUGUGUGUGUGUAUGUGUUUUUCUGUGUGCAUCUGUGUGUCACGGUGUGUUUAUGUCAUCAAUUGCAUGUUUCAGUGUGUGUAUUUGUGUGGGUGUGUGCAUAUGUCAGUGUGUGCAUGUGUAUUUGUCAGUCAAGGUGUGUGUGUGUGUGUGUAUCUCUGUGUCAGGAUGUGUGCACGUGUCAGCAUGUGUGUCUGUGUGUGCAUCAAUGUGUCAGGGUGUGAAUCUGUGUGUGUGUGUUUAUGUCAGUUUGUGUAUCUCUGCAUCAAAAUUUGUGCAUGUGUCAGUGUGUACGUGUGUGUGUUUGUGUCUUAUGCAUCUGUGUGUGUGUGUUUAUGUCAAUGUGUGUCAGGAUGUGUGCAUGUGUCUGUUUAUGUGCAUUUGUCAUUGUGUGUGUGUGUGUGUGUGUGUAUGUGUGUCAGGGUAUGCUUUUGUGUGUGUAUCUGUGUGUCAGGCUGUGUAUAUGUCAGUGUGUGUGUAUCGCUGUGUCAGUGUUUGUGAAAUGCGUCAGUGUGUGUAUCUUUGUGUGUAUGUGUCAGUGUCUUUAUAUGUGUGGAUCUGUGUGUUAAUGUGUAUGUAUAUAUGUAUGUAUGUGGCAGUGUAUGUGCAUACAUCAAAGCAAUUAAGAACCAACACAUCAUGAAAAAACACCCCUGCAAUCAAAGAACAUAUAUUACAUACUAACACACACAUUCACUACACACAAUACAACCCAAAUGUACAUUCACAUUUAAAAGCCACCAUAACAUCCAAACACACCCCUACAAUCACACGCAAACAUUGCAUACAAACACACCCCAGUAAUAAAACACUAAAACUAUAUACAAAGAGCCCCUUUACUCAAACAAAAACACUACACACAAAAGGACACCUGCAUUUAACAGCCAACAUAUCAUACAAACACACAUCUGCAUUCACACAAGUACACCACUGCAUUCCAAUGGCAACAGUAUAUACAAAUACACCCCUACAUGCACACAUAUACUCUAUACAAAAACAUCCCUACAUUGAAAUGCACAAACACUGCUUACAAAUAGAACACUGCAAGAAUAGGCAAAUGGUAGAUCCCCACCUGGUAUAAUUUGUUGGAGUUUUAUGACCGAUAGGGAUCUAUCUAUUGGCCACUUUUGCACAAGGGGGAGGGGGCAAAUCACUUUCUGCACUAGGACCCUCUCUGCAUUAGUUGCACCACUGCCACUACAUCCCAUUUGAGUGGAUAUGGUACUAUCCAAUACUAGCAUUAAUCCUGGACCUGAUUCAAAUUAUUUUUGAAAGGAUUAACACAACAAAAGGGUGUCUGUGUCUGGUUCCUUGCUCAUUGUGUUGCUAAUUUUGAAGUUACACUUGUGUGUUAGUAGUGUCAAUUUUGUCCAAAUUUGGACAGUACUGAUUGGCUGAAUGGUUUCAUAGGGGAUGGCUCCAGUAGUCUGCUAGCACCAUUACCACUACACUACUAUUAUGUGAUGAAGGGUGUGUGGUAGUGUGUGUAUAUAUGUUUGUGUGUGUGCAGGUAUCUGUGCCUCUGAAUGCAUUAUGAUAAGGAAAAUUGUGAAGCUGUGUGUGUUUCUGGCAUUGUGUAUCAGUAUGUGUGUGUGUGCUUGUAUGGCAUUGCUUAUCUGUGUUUAUGGUAGUGAAUAUCCUUGUGUGUAUGUCUGUAUGGCACUGUGUAUGGCUGAGGGAUUUUGUCCCAAAUAGGGACUGUCUCUCCUAAAUAGUGAUACAUGGGAAGUAUGAAAUUCAAAUUACAGUACUGUUCACCUUUUAAAAUUUGACAAUUCAUCUUACAUGAAUAAGCACCAUAAUCACUACAGCUCACUGUAGUAGUUACAGUACCGGGAGUUCCUGGCAUCCCUUCCCGCAUUGUAAGAUGUAAAACCAUUUUAGAAUGGUUGACUUCUUACCUGGGGUCCAUUAGGUACACCUGCCCAAUUCCAUAUAAGCCGGACCUUCUGUUAGCUCUCUGGAGCUAAGCCCUAGCUAACAUACCUAAGGAAGUAGAGGGGGGGGGGGAGUGGUACUCGGCAGAACAAACUAUAGUUGUUAUUGGACUUGUAGUGUACCUGUAAACCAAUGCUAUUUUGUUUGAUUCAUAUAUAAAAAUAUUGUCCUACCUUUCUAUGCAUUUGAGUUCCGUUUUGUUUUUAUGUAAUUAUUUUCUGUGUAUUGAAAUAACCAUAUACAUUUACUUUUCACUCUUGAUGGAUAACUUAAUAAGCUUUUUUUUUUUUACUUUAAGCAUUUACUUUGUACUGACGUUAUCUCAUAUGUGCUAUUUUAGUUGUUUCUAUUUUCCUGUUCAUCAUAUUAUCCUAUUUUUCUAACGCAGGCAAAAUGAUGUUUAAUGAAGAUUACCAAUCAUUGGUUCGGGGUCUUUCUGAAGUAGAUUUCACAGGAACUUCCAUACCUUGCAAACUGAUCCUUAUUGGAGACUCUGCAUUUCCUGUGCUUGUGUCCCCUGCAGGAGAUGUACUCAUCGCUGCAUCUCACUAUGGGAAGGGUCGAGUGGUAGUUAUGGCCCAUGAGAGUUACCUGAACAGCCCAAACCUCUUGGGCUUCAUGCAGAAUGCAGUGUCCUGGCUGAAACCAUCUGCAGAAGCUGUUAUUGGAGUACACACCGGUCUGGACCUUCUUACAAAAACACUCCAAGACUCUGGUUGCACAGUUAAUAAAAUAUCUGGCCUUACCCAAGGUCUGGGUGUUAUGUGCAUGGAUGGCUAUGACGACAGCCAGGCUAAAGACAUCAUCUCCUUUCUGUAUGAAGGUGGUGGUUUACUAAUUGCAGCCCAGGCAUGGUACUGGUCUUACAGCCAUAAAAAUGAGAAUGUUCUGCUAGAUUUUCCUGGAAACAAAAUAAUAUCGGUUUCUGGCAUUUACUUUCGUGACGUAUAUGGUGAAAGAGGGACAUUUACCGUGAGUCCAGACAUCCCUCACAUCCCAAUGUUCUCUGAGUGAGUUUUUUCAGAAUAUUCACAUCAAAACAUACUUUUAUGAAAUGUAAACCAAAAAAUGUUGUACUACUAGUAUACCUCACUUAAAGUAAUACUCAAGCGAGUUGUAGUGGUUCACAAACAGAAACUUGCAAGGACCGGCAAAUAUUAAAUUUGACAGAUGGGGAUCUACCUUUUGGCCACCUUUGUGUUAGAGGGGGCCCAAGCAAUUUCUUGCACCAGGUCCCUCUCUACAUUAGUCCUGCCACUGCCCUAAACUCAAUCAAUAAAUUCAAUAAUCCAAUAAUAAACCAACAAUUCUAAACAUCCCAUACACUACAACUGUAAGCACCAUAAAGAUUAUAAUUCUCUAACAAUAAGCACUUUAUGUAAUCUAACUCUGACCCCCUUUACCCUACCUACUCAGUUUUAACAUUAUAAUUUACCUUGCAUGCAUUUACAUAACAUGCACUCACUAUACUCACAGAUUCAAACACAAUACAUUACAAACAGAAAUACAUGAUUUUUUUUUCAUGCAAUGUCCAGCUAAUAAAUUCAUUAAACUCACUUAUCUGGGAGGGGUGAGGAGCAGAAGGCACCUUAGUAUUCUUUACACUAAACAUGUAAAUCCUGCCCUCUUUUUUAAUCCUGCCCUGUGUGAAAAGUCGUCACGGCACACCCCCGCCAAGUUGCCGGUAUACAGUCACACACACCAGCAAAGGGCAGACAGUCACACAAACAGUUACAAGCCCAUGCUCAGGCAUGCUCAGUUGCAGGCAGACAGUCAGACAGGCUCAGUUACAGGCAUGCAGACGCUCACGCACGCUGAUAGGCACACACUCAGUUAAAGGCAGAUAGUCACACAUACAGGUACAGCUACAGCAACACACACAAUUAGAGUCACACAUAGGCAGAAAGUCACACACACAGCAGACAGUCAGACACACAUAGCAGACAGUCACACACACACACGCAAGGCGUGGCUGCCCCUCUGAGAAACCUGGCUGGGUUUGAACUCACAGCUUCAGUUUCUGUUUGCAUUAUUCUACAUCCUGACCCCUUGCCUCGAAUGAGCAGUACUGAUCCACCUGCAACCCUUUUCCAAUUAGGGUUAGCUGCAUCUAAUUAGCAGGCUGUAAAAGCCAGCCCUAUCUGAAAUCUAUGAUCUGGUCAUUUUGCCUGUUUGGUGUUUCCUGACGGAUCUUUGCUUCACUACUGACUGAUUUCCUGGACUCUGACCUCUGCCUUCUUUACUGACUACAUUACUCCACUGCCAGCCCUGACUUCUGCUUCUCGUCUGACCCUGCCUUUGGAUUUCCCCUUAAUCUGUACUGCGCUUCUGUUUUUUGCCUCCUUCCUGUGCCAUCUCCUGCAACUGGGCUCCAACGCCUGGUAAACUGUCACACACACACACAGAGGCAGGCAGUCACGCAAACAGUCACACACAGGCAGGCAGACAGUCACACACGCACAUACACACACACACACACAGAGGCAGGCAGUUACACUAACAGGCAAACACACACACACAGCCUUACCUCUUUCAUGGCUGGAAGGGGGAGUGAAUGCAGUUGGUUGUUGGGGAAGCAGGGACUCCUUCCUUCUUUCCUCUUCCUGUUCGGCAGUUACUAGGGGCUUCUGGUAUUAACCCCGCCUCCGCUUUGCGAUAAGCCCCGCCCCCACCACUUGUUAAUCUCCGCCCCCGCUGCAUCUAUUUUUUUAUUUUUUUAUAGACCCAGGUGGAGAAUAAUUAAUCCUCCACCAGUAUACAUGUUUAAGCUCCCCUGACAAUGUGCGAGCUGUGUCGGCCACAGGGUGCCCCCUGGUCCAUGGCACCCUGUGCAGCCGCACAGCUAUCACACACCCCUAAGGCCGGCCCUGUAUGUAUAGAUGUAUGAUAAUAACUGUAGUUACAGUUUUCUGCACCCUGUUGAUAUAUACACUUGUUAAGAUGAAUGUUUCUGCUUUUUUUAGGGUUUUUGUCUGUCUUUGGAUAGAAAUGUAAUGAAUGCAUUGUGAAAAAGAGAAUAAUUAUACUGCCUGGUACAUUGCUAUGGGAUCUCCUUCAAAACAGGACUUGGAGAUAGAUAGACAAAAAGGCCGAAGACCAACAGAUGAAUAGACAGACUUAUGUGCUAUGUUUUAAUUGAGAGCUCCAUUUAACCAUGGAUGUGUGCUCAAAAUAUCUUACAAGAAAAUAAUUUCUAGCAUAUCUUGCAUGUUUUGUUAAACGGAACUUAACGAUCUAGUGCAAAUAGGUCAAGCAUUUCCACCAUGACCUCUUGAAGUAGUCAUGGCGUUAGGAGUCUGGAUUUCAGUGUUUCUGCUUAAAACACUGCCUAUUCAGAAUUAUUUUUAAUUGUGUCUGCAGAAUUCAUAAAAUGCAAAUCUACCCAAAUAUACAAAUUAACAAGCCUUGUUAUUUAGUUAGUGCAUAUAGCUGUUUCAUGAUCCCUGCAACCAACAGAUGGUGCUAUACAGGCUCCACAGCCAAAUCAACCUAGGUGGUUGAGAGAUUGUGCAAGACAGGAGAGCACACAAAACAUUUAACACCAAACAACCAUAUUAUACACAGCCUGCACCUCAAAAUGGGCACAGGGUGAUUUAAACAUAGGAGUCAUCUAAGGACAUAAUCAAAGUGCCCAACUUAUGCUUCCAGUGAUGGUGGCUACUUUCACAUCCCUUUAGCUCAUUUCAGCUUAAAUAUGUAUGCAGAUAUAAACAAAUCAGAGUAGCUACCAAAGUCAAAACUUGAAGAUAAUUGAGGGUAGUCUGUUUUUUGAAGUAGCGUGAAGGACAUGAUAGGUGGAUACAUCUUUAGUAAAACUGGUAUACAAGAGAGACAUAGAUGUUGCAGGCUUGGUACACAGCAAGGUGGUACUUGGGUUUUACUUGUAAAUUAUUUCCCCUGAUUACAAUUCUCAAAUGAUUUUAAAUGUAUUUGUUGUCUUAUUAUUGAUGUCUUAUUAUUUAUGUCUUAUCUAUCUUAAUAUUGUGUUUAUGAAUAUCUUUUUGGUUUCUUCCAUGCAGAAAAUAUAUUCUCUUUAAUACAAGCUUGAGUAUUACACUGAAUAUUCAUAAUUUAAUGCCCUUUUAUUACAGUAUCAGCUUCUUGUUGGAUCUGAAUAUUCUUCUAAAAGACAUAGCCCUUCUAGACAUCCGUGGGUCAAGUACCCCUUCUGAACUUCUUCUUCAUGGUCCUCUAACAUUUCCAGUUGGACUGAAUGAUGAAAACAAAUGCUUCCUUGCUGCUGCAAUCUAUGGACGAGGACGAAUUGUUGUGGGAACACAUGAAACCCUGUUCACUAAACCAGAGCUCAAAACAGUUAUACUAAAUUCUAUAUUAUGGCUUGGCUCAGGCAGAAAACAAAAAAUUGGUGUUAAUAAAGCAGUGAAAGGCUUCACUGAAUUGUUGAUGCAAGAAGGCUUUGAUUCUAGCACAUCAAGCCUAGAACCUGGGCUCAGUGUGUACUGCUGUGAUUCCUAUAGUGACAGUGAGGCAGAACGUAUCAAGAAGUUUGUGGCCGAAGGAGGUGGACUGCUUAUUGCUGGACAAUCAUGGUACUGGUCCUAUAAGAAUCCAGAAAAAAAUGUGGUUUGCCAAUACCCAGGAAAUAAAAUUCUGAACACGUUUGGGAUUAGCAUACUUGGUAAAUCAAUAGGUAAUGGUGCGUAUAAGCCUACAGAUCCCGCAGCAGUGACAAACUACUAUCAUUUCCCAAGAGCAUUCUCCCAGCUUUUGAAGAACCUACAAGAUGGAGUGGAGAUUCAACCUCCUCUCAGUUCCUGGCUGACCAAUAUAAGAGAAGAUGCCUCCAAUUUUAUGAGGCUGCCAGCCUCCCCGCUUACUUAUUCAAUACAGCAAGAAUGUGUGUGCUUAGUGAAGAGAUGUGGGAUUCCUAAUGUCAGCAAGGAUUGCCCAGUGAAAAACAACUCUAAAGAUGCUUUAAUCCUUAGUCUUGCACAUGAUGUCUGCUGUUUUAACCAAAACAGCCAGAGUAUUAAUAACUUUCCUUUUAAAGAAAAACCUUCAGUGACUGUGGAGAUUGAUGGAACAAAUCCAGGUACUGCCCAUGCAUAUGGUUUAAUUGCCCUGGUAAUCCUAGUAAAAUUUAUAUAUAGCAACAGGAUAUAUUUUUCAAAAUCUAAUGCUUAUAAAGAGCUAUUGCAACUUUAA